AUGGACGCUUCAAUGGAUAGCACUUUCGGGCCUGCCCUGCCUGACAAGUUUGACUUUACCCUGCUGUUUGAGCUCAUCAUGCUUGGCAUGGUACCGGCUGGCGUGGUCAUCUUGGUCAUGCCCUUGUAUGUGAAGAACAUGACCAGCGCGACCAAUUUAGUUCGGCCUGGUAUUCUCCUCUGGGCCAAGGUCGCUACCGGCACUGCACUAGCCGCCGUGCAGCUUGCCAGCAUCAUUUUAUGGCAGCAUGCAGGCUUAUAUCGGUCAAAGCUGGCUUUUGCGGCUUCUGCUCUGUCGUUUGUCGCCUCCAUAUGCAUCCUUGCCCUUCUAUGUAUAACCCAUACCUUUUCGUUGCGCCAGUCCUCCUUCUUGAGUGUCUUUCUGUUUUUGACGAUGCUCUUCGAUGCAACCAUAGUGCGAUCCUAUUUUCUGAGAGGCACACUUGACAGCCUCGGUGCAUUGCAAGCUACUGUUGCCGUCCUGAAGUUUGCUCUCCUCGUAAUCGAGGAGAUACCGAAGCGUCGUCUCUUCCGCUCAGGCAUGGUUCAUCUUGGGCCAGGGGAAAUUGUUGGCUUUUGGAACCGGGCACUGCUCAUCUGGAUCAACCCGAUACUUCACCUAGGCUUCCGCCAAAAUUUCACGGUCAAAGACUUGCCCCAUAUUGGAGACAGGUAUGACUCCAGGCAGCUUUUUGACCUGUUUAUGCCGCAUUGGGAAAAAGUCGAUAAAACCUCGAAACUGCCACUAGCCAAGGCCUUCUUUUCCGCAUUACGGUGGCAGUUUUUGAUCCCUAUUCUUCCUCGGCUCUGCUUCAUUGGCUUUUCAUUCAGUAGACCAUUCUACAUGGAGCGCGUGAUUGACGCUGUUGGCAAAUCCACGACAACUGAUAAGGCGUCUCUUGAGAUCCCCCACGGGCUUAUUGGCGCUUCAAUUCUCAUCUUUGGCGGUCUCAUGGUGUCGAGAUCCAUAUUCCAGCGACUCGAAUUUCAAGUGAACACUAGUACCCGAGGCAUAGUUGUCGUUGCCAUCUAUGAUAAACUUCAGAGGCUGAGCCUUGAUGAGCUCGAAAAGUCCGCCGCCGUUACCGUCAUGACAACCGACCUGGCUGGUUUUCAAGAUGGUCUGAGCUAUCUUCAUUCGACUUGGUCAUCUCUGGUGGAAUUUGGCCUAGGCCUUUAUGCUCUCUAUACCUUCGUCAGCUACGCAUGUUUUCUUAUUUUUAUACCCUCCUCUAUUGCGGCGAUAGGCACCUAUCUAGUCACUAAGAAAAUGGCAAAUGCCAGAACCGUGUGGAAUGCCAAGGUUGAAACACGCGUCGCCGCCACAUCAAACAUACUUGCACAACUCAAGAGCAUCAAGGCUAUGGGGCUAACAGAUGCUGCGGCUGCCCUCCUACAGCACCAUCGAAUCGAGGAAAUAGAAACAUCGAUGAUGGAGCGAAAUUCUCGUAUCAUGAAUUUUGGAAUUUAUGCCUUUGGCGCUGCCAUGACGCCGGUGGCUGUGUUAGCUGGUGCUAGAUUUUGGACACGCGUGUCAAACCCGAUGACGGUAUCGGAGACCUUCGCCGCUUAUGCAGCCAUCUUCAUCGCCGCUUUACCGCUUAAUAGUCUGCUCGGCCAUCUGCCAUAUUACGCAAGUGGUUAUGCCUGCUUGGUCAGAAUUCAAAAGUUCCUCACACUUCCCGAGCUUCGGGACCAGCGUGAGUGUGAUGAGCCAGCGGAAUACGAAGAAGAAACAGCAGAGAAGAGGGCGAUAAGCACUCAGUCCUGCCCGUACGCUGUACAGAUGAACAAUGUCUCUGUCAGCUCUGACUUCUCAGGCCACAUCCUGAAGGACGUUUCUUUACGUAUCCCUAGCGGAUCUCUUACUAUGAUUCAUGGUGCUGUGGGCAGCGGCAAAUCGGCUUUCCUCAAGACUCUCUUAGGUGAGCUUACUAUCAACACUGGAACCAUUAAAGUCAGUACGAAGAAGAUUGCAUAUGCCAACCAGUCCCCAUGGAUACGGAACACUACAAUUCGAGAUUACAUCACUGGCCCUCAUGCAUUCAUUGAGGAGCUUUACAACGAUGUCAUAUUUGCCUGCGCCCUCGGCAAAGAUAUUGAAGAUCUUCCAAAUGGUGAUCAAACCAUGACUGGUAGUAACGGGCGCAAUCUCAGUGGCGGACAAUGUCAACGAUUGGGCUUGGCGGCAUGCCUGUUCGCGCAAACGUCAAUUGUCUUGCUAGACAACGUACUAAGCUCUCUAGACACGGAAACGGCUGCAACGGUCUUCCAGAGAGUCUGUGGUCGAGACGGCCUGCUUCGCCGGUGGAAAUCCACUGCGAUAAUGACCACGAGCCAACUUGGGCUCCUUGAAAAAGCAGACGUUGUUCUUGAGAUUAGCCACCAAGGUCGUGUUCGCCUGACCAAGUCUGGCAAUCGAGCUGAUGCAACGAGUCGCACUAAGCAAGAGUUUCGAGAAGAGACUCCGGCGCCUGAAGCGCCUGCACCUGUGAUGCCUGUCAAGUCUGAGCCGCCCCCGGCCGAUGUCAGCAACCAUGUGUCACACUCCAACGAGUUUGAUAGAGACAGGCGACAUGGAGACUGGAGACUCUACGGCUAUUUCUUCCAGUCUGUCCACUGGCUAGUGGUUGUGCUCUGGUUAAUCGUCACUGCCAUAGCGGCCACGAUGGAAAGAAUGCCUCAAAUUUUUAUGCGAAUUUGGUUGAGUAUAGAUGCAGCGAACGAUAAGUAUUUUAUAGGUUUCGAGGCUCUCAGCGUCUUCGAAAUCAUCCUCACUUGCGCCGCAGGUGCGCAAUUCUUGAAGCAGAUCGUACCAAAAAGCUCAGCCGAAUUGCACUGGAGGCUUCUGCAAACUGUUAUGGAGUCAACGUUACCAUUUCUCAGCCACACAGAUGCUGGGUCUCUUCUGAACCGCUUCAGCCAAGACAUCUCUUUAAUAUCCCAACGCAUGCCUAUUAUGCUUUCAGCGACGGUUUCCAUGUUUUUUAACGUUCUCGUUGAUAUGGGAAUCAUUGCAUCUGGAGCAAAAUUCACACCACCCAUCAUUAUCUUCCUUUUCGCAGUUUUAUAUGGUAUCCAGUACUUUUACCUGAGAACCUCACGCCAACUACGAUACCUGGAGAUAGAAACAACAUUCCCGCUGGUCACUCAUUUCACGGAGAUGAAUUCCGGGAUGGCUUCUAUUCGUGGUCUGCGCUGUCAACAGCAUUUUAGAAAAGAGCUGAUUAUGCGUCUUAAUCACUCCCAGCGGCCGUUUUACUAUCUCCUCUGCAUACAGCAAUGGCUUACAUUGAUGCUGGAUUUCACCACAUUCGUCGCUGCUGUGGUUUUGAUCAGCAUCACAACACUGUACCCUGGUUCUAGUUCCGACAGCGCUAUCGGCUUGGCCUUACUGAACUUGAUCUCCUUCAGCACUACUGCAUCAUACUUUCUACAGACGUGGGUUCACUUAGAAACAAGUCUCGGUGGUCUUGCUCGAAUUCAGUCCUUCUGCAAGGAUACUCCUGUGGAGAGGGAUCCCGUAAAUGCAGAGCCACUACCGGAGAAUUGGCCAUUAACAGGCAAGAUCGACUUUAACUGUGUCACUGCCAAAUAUAUUGGACCGUCGGGUGAGGACCGUGCUGCACUCCAGAACACGACAGUCAGCAUUGAACAUGGCCAAAAGGUCGGCAUCAGCGGCCGCACUGGAGGCGGUAAAACUUCGAUGAUGCUUGCCCUGCUGAAUUUAAUGGAAUUCUCUGGUAGUAUCAACAUCGACGGACGCGGGAUCAAGACGAUUCCACGUCACAUCCUGCGUUCGCGGAUCACUACAAUGACACAGGAAGGUGUUGAGUUCAAGGGAACGAUCCGCAUGAAUAUAUUUCCAUUUACGAUAACGCCCCCUCCAGAUGAUGAAAUCAUCGCGACGCUUGGACGCGUCGGUAUUUGGGAGCACAUCAACCGACAUGGUGGUUUGCAUGCCGAUAUCGUCAAUGCCGGUCUCUCCCAUGGCCAGAAGCAGCUAUUGUUUCUCGCCCGAGCGAUUCUUCAUCAGAGAAGUAUGAAGACGAAAAUUGUUCUCGUUGAUGAGGCGACCAGCUCCCUGGAUUCUGAAACAGAUGCGACGAUGCAGGAACUGAUGGCCGAAGCUUUUGCAAACUGUACUGUCGUGACCAUUGCGCACCAGGGAGAUUACUCUGCCGGAAAGGAUUUGAUCGUCGAGCUCGACUCGGGUAAUGUGGUGAGAGUAGAGCGUCGCAGUACAAGAACCGGAGAGUGGGUUCCAAGCUGCUAG